UUUAAAUUUCUCUGGUUUAAUUUAAUUUCAUUAGUUUCACAAUUCCUUCUUGCCAGUUUUUUUAUUUUGCGUUGUACACUUGUGCUAAAAAUCAGAACAAUUAAUCCAACGGUUAUCGAUUGAUUUCAUUAACUUGAGCCAGCUACUAAUUUUGCUGAUUGAAAACUGAGAAUGACUGCCAAAGCCAAAUCGAGCGUGGAGCUGGGCUUCGCCGAAGAAGUUCCCACCUGGAAGCUACAUCAUCGUUAUUUCCCCAGCAAAAUCGGCGGUUUUCCGGCUUGGCUGGAUCUCCACUCUCUCCCCGCACCCCGCGACCUGCAGUGCCCCGUGUGUAGCGAACCCACAUCGUUUCUCCUGCAGAUGUACGCCACGGAAAACGACGCCAAUGCGCAGAAUUUCCAUCGCACCAUCUUCGUCUUUGCCUGCCGUAAGACCGCCUGCACCACCCCCGGGUUAUCCAAAUCCUUUAUUGUCCUCCGCUGUGGAUUGCCACGCGUCAACAGCAUGUACAGCGAUGAGCCUCCAGCCGAGGACCCUGCAGCGGCGGAUCCGUUGAUCAAACAUCCGCUUUGCGCCGUCUGCGGCUGUCUGGCGCCCAACACCUGCGCCUCCUGCAAGAAAUCCUUCUACUGCAGUCGGAGCCACCAGAUCCUAGCGUGGAAGAACGGGCACAAAGAGGAAUGCGAGAAAAUCCGCGGGGAUGCGACGAUCCAGCGCGGCGAACCCGUGAGGAACUCUGCAGUCACGUUCGCCGAGUACGAGAUCGUCGCUGAGUCGGAGGAAGCGCAGGACCCUCCAAAUACCACCAAAUCCGAUCAGGAGAAGGCGUCGGAGUAUAAAAAUGCCGUGGAGAAAUUAAAACCCGAGUUGAACGACGUCGGUGUGGAUGAAUUGGAGACGUUCUGUGCGCGGACCAAAGACAAAGUCUUCCAGCAGUUCCGCAAGCGGGUGGCCGCCUACCCCACGCAGGUGCUGCGGUACCAGCGGGAUGGGGUGCCCCUGCUUAUUUCCAGUAAGAACCCGCCCCCCGAGGAGAGCCGGCUGCCGCCCUGUGCGGUGUGUCGGAAUUCGCGGCGCUUUGAGUUCCAGAUUAUGCCGCAGUUGUUGAAUUAUUUGCAGCAGGAAGAGAGUCUGACGGAGGGACUGGAUUUCGGGACGGUGAUGGUGUAUACAUGUCCGCUGAAUUGUCGGGGCGAGCGGGAGAGUUAUGUGCGGGAAGUGGCCUGGGUGCAGUGUGUGGACGGGGAAGGGGAGGUCCGACCGGAAGUGAACGGGGAUGAGGACUCCGGAUUGAUUUUACUGGUGAAUUUGAUAUUGAUAGGAGAAAUUAUAUUUUCGUGCCUGUUUUUUACGUCGAGCGCUGAUUUAUUCAAACAAUAUGGUGGCAAGGGAGAAGCCAGUCUGGUUAUCAAAAUAAAAAGCGCGAAAGGUUUUCAGCACUGCUGUUAUUAUCCGUACUUAUGA